AUGGUCAAGUACGAGGUUUCUUCCAUCGUGAUUACCACUGUGCUCUUGAUCCUGGUCGUUUUGGUCGUCACAGGCAAUAUAGUUGUUUGUUUGAUUAUCAAGAGAAAUCGACAAAUGAGGACUCCCAUAAAUUAUUUACUCAUGAACCUGGCUGUCUCCGAUAUUCUGUUUGCGACGUUUAUUACAACAAAACUUAUUUUCGGCUUGAAUUUGAGCCACCCAGAGGGAGCAGUAGGUUCCAUCCUGUGCAAGUUGGUGACUGGCGGAAAUUUUGCUUGGAUUGCUGGAGUUUCUUCAAUUGUUACUUUGGUUACGGUUGCCGUCGAAAGAUAUUACACUGUAGUAUAUCCAAUGGAUCCAAAUAGAAAAAUGACUAAGCGUAAACUGAAGGUGAUCCUUUUUUGUUCUUGGAUAUUCUCGGUGAUUUUUAACAUACCCCUCCUUCUUGCCCGUACUUAUGAGAGGAAAGAUGGGACAAAUCAUUGUGUGCUAAGCUGGCCCGAAAAAUGGAUGUCCACAGCCAGUUGUUUAUCAUGGGUGUUCUUGAUUGUGACAGCUAUUGGUUUGAUGAUUACUCUUUACUCUCAAGUCGUGUGCUCUUUAUGGUUGAAACCAAAGAGUUGCUUUCCUUUAAGCUUUGAACAACAAGGUGUGAUCAGGGUGCGAAAACGUAUCACUUUCAUGGUUAUAACAGUCAGUGUCAUUUUCGUAGUUUGUUGGGGAGCAGUGUCGGUUGAAUACGUCUUAAGGACUUCUACCACCCUUCAAGUGACGUUUGUACACAUUGCCAUUGUCGACAUAUUGGCGUUGUUCAAUUCAGCUGUCAACCCUUUCCUGUAUGCCCUCCUGAACCAUCAGUUCAGACAAGAGAUCAGGGGAAUGAUUUUCGGCACACACAUAGCAGCACCUAGGCCAAGAGCUAAAACCAACGAGAAAAGUACUACCGUGGAGACUAAACUUUAGUUGGUUGCGUAGUUGACUUAAUCGAUUUAAAAAUAGACAUUUGUCACAAGGAGGAGUGUCUUAGAGCUAGAGAUUACUUGUAAAUUAAACAAAUGGAGAGUAAUUAUGGUAGUGUUUGUAUCCUUAGGAUACCUCACAAUCGCUAAAUGGUAUGUGAAAUGCACACAUCAGCUUAGAGGUCAUCUUGAAAAUUAAGAGCUUGAUCAAGCACUUUUAAAUAUUUACCUGAGUAUGAUUUUUC